UUAAUUUGCCUUUUUUUCUCCAUUAAAAAAAAAAACAAAAUUUAUAUUGUUUGUUUAUUUCAACUAUAACGAAAAAUAAUUGCCCACAAAUAUUAAAUAAAUUGGGGAAAUUAUUGUUUAUUUAUUUUAAAAAUAAUUGUGCGGGCAAAAAAUAACAAACAGCAUUUGUGAAUUGUCAUUUUUGCUUAUGGGGAAAACUGAAAUUGUUUGUUGAUCGCUGGUGAAGAGCGAGCGCAAACGGAUAGAUAUGUAUGGAUAAAGUGAUGAUAAUAACAAGCAACAAAAACAGAAAAAAGGUAUCCAAUUACUUGGCGUGUUCUCUUUUUUAUUGUUUAUAUGCGGUUUUCAAAACGUUUCGUAUCGUGGAGUUGUUCGUUUAUUCUAUCGAAUCAAGUGCAAAAAAACAACAAAACAAAUAAAACAACAACUGAACCCUGUUCUAGCUGCUCCUGCUUCUCAUCGAAUUGUUAAAAUUUAAAUUUGUGGAAUUCUUAAACCAUAAAUUGCAAGCAAAUUUAAAACGAAACAUAUUUCAUCGAUAAAAAGGAAAUUAAUUACAAGUGUUCUGGUUGUUGUUGAAAUAAUUAGCCCAACAACAAAAUACCAGUUAAACAGAAUUGCUUUGUGUGCAAAAGUGUAGUGUGUGUGUGUAUGUGUAUGCAAGUGAUUGACUUCAUAAAGAGAGUAAGAGAGCUGAGAAUAUUCAACAAAAAGGGUUUCCCUUGCAAUACAAAGUCAAACAAGAAAUGCAAAUGAGAAUGAGUUCGAGCUAAUAAUCAACAGGUGUAAAUGAAACGAAGUUUCUUAGGAAAUAUAAUUUAAAUUAUUACGAAAGCAGAAAAGGGGGCAAAACCCCCAAAAAAACAAACCGGUCUUAGGAAAUAUUCAAAACCAACCCAGCAAAUAAACUUUCCAGAAAAGUCUUGAGAAGCAGAGUCCAUAAUCAAGUCAUAAAAUGCUUUAAGAGCAUUCACCAUCAUUGUUUCGCCAAGGAGUAAGAAGUAUAAUCAACGAGACAACAAUUAAACUACCAUGAAUCUUUUGGCCCUUCUAUCCCCUACACCUUCCCGAAGACCAUUGGAUAUAUUAAAGGGUUUUCGCAGCCAUGAUUUGCUGUUUUUAUAAAACUGGAACGACAAAUGCAAUAACUCUGAACCAUAAACAUCAAAUUACUACUUUACCCCCCAUACAUUUGGGUCUAUGGGCUACCUCUCCGCUGCGCCUCCGCUACAAAUUCAUUGAUCGUUUUUAUUUUUCAAAUGACAUCUCUGACGUUCCGCAACAUUGAUUUGCUUGUUCACCCCACUAUCAAGAAAAGAUUUUUGUUUUGUAAAAUUUUGCUCGUCGUCGCUGCGCUUCAGUGAAUUCCCGCAAGAAAACUGAAAACUGUAAUAAAGCACCUACGAUAACAACAAAAACAAAUACAAAAAAUAAAAACAUAAACAUACUCACUCACCCUACUAUAAUUAUCGUCAUAGAUAAAUAGUUAACGUAUCAAGCUACAACAACAACUAAAACAAAACGAAUUGUGUUUUUGCAAAGCAACAAAAAAGAGAAAAAAAAGUCCAGUCAAUCAGAAAUUAAUUGACAGUGCUUUAUUAUAUUGAUUAAGAAGAAAUCCCCCCAUAAUAAUCAACGCAAAAUGGCCAUAUCUUUACUACUGGGAUAUAUGUUGGGCCUGUUGCUGCUGCUCAGCACAGCCCUGGAUUUAGCAACAGCUGGCACACCGGGCUAUGCAGAUCAUGGCGAUACAAAAGUUUGUAUUGGUACCAAAUCUCGUUUAUCAGUGCCUUCGAAUCGUGAACAUCAUUAUCGCAACCUGAGGGAUCGCUAUAACAAUUGCACCUAUGUGGAUGGCAAUUUGGAGCUGACCUGGCUGCAAGAUGCCAAUUUGGAUUUGAGUUUUUUGGAGAAUAUUCGUGAAGUCACUGGCUAUAUUUUAAUCAGUCAUGUAGACAUCAGAAAAGUCGUGUUUCCCAAACUUCAAAUUAUACGUGGCCGCACUUUGUUCAAUCUCAAUGUGCAAGAUGAACAGUUUGCUUUAUUUGUGGCCUAUUCGAAAACCUUUUCCUUGGAAAUGCCUGCUUUGCGCGACAUUUUGCAGGGCUCAGUGGGUUUCUUUAACAACUUCAAUUUGUGUCACAUUAAGACUUUGAAUUGGACGGAGAUUAUUUCGGGUUCACCGGAGAAGUACAAAUACCAAUACAUCUACAAUUUUACCCUGCCUGAACGCCAAUGUCCCAAAUGCCAUGAAUCCUGUGAGGGAGGCUGUUGGGGGGAGGGUCCCAAUAACUGCCAGAAAUUCAGCAAAAUCAAUUGCUCUCCACAAUGUGCCCAGGGUCGUUGCUUUGGUUCGCGGCCCCGGGAAUGUUGUCAUCUCUUCUGCGCCGGAGGCUGUACGGGACCCACACAAAAGGAAUGCAUUGCCUGCAAGAAUUUCUACGAUGAUGGUGUGUGCAAGGAGGAAUGUCCUCCCAUGCAAAAAUACAAUCCCACGAAUUACUUGUGGGAGGCAAAUCCUGAGGGUAAAUAUGCCUAUGGAGCAACCUGUGUCAAGGAAUGUCCCGAGCAUUUGCUGAAGGACAGUGGAGCCUGUGUCAGAAGUUGUCCCGCCGACAAAAUGGCCAAAGAUGGUGAAUGCAUACCCUGCAAUGGACCUUGUCCCAAGACCUGUCCCGGUCCCACAGUUCUACAUUCGGGCAACAUUGAUUCCUACAAAGGUUGCACUGUGAUUGAGGGAUCGAUUCGAGUUUUGGAUCAAACCUUUUCGGGCUAUCAGGAUGUCUACACCAACUACUCUUUGGGUACUCGCUACAUAGCCAUGCAUCCGGAUCGCAUGGAGGUAUUUUCCACAGUAAAAGAAAUCACCGGAUAUUUGGAUAUCGAAGGUGCCCACCCUGCCUUUAAAAAUUUGUCCUAUUUCCGUAAUCUGGAGGUUAUUCAUGGUCGCCAGCUGAUGGAAAGCUACUUCGCCUCUUUGUCCAUUGUAAAGUCCUCGCUGCAAAGUUUGGAAUUGAAGUCCCUGAAACGCAUCAAUGCUGGUUCGGUGGUCAUUCAACACAAUGAUAAGAUUUGCUAUGUCAAUGACAUAGCCUGGGGUAAGCUGCAGAAGUCCAUGGAGCAUGGUUUUGUGGUGGAAGAGAAUCGCAACAAAGAAGAAUGCAAAAAAGAUGGCUUUGUUUGUUCUGAUCAGUGUAACAGUUCUGGUUGUUGGGGCUCGGGCCCAGAGCAAUGUUUGGAAUGCAAGAAUUUUAAAUUUAAUGGCACCUGCAUAGCUGAUUGUCGAAACAUUACCAACGCCUAUCAAUUCGAUGCCAAGACCUGCAAACAAUGCCAUCCCGAGUGCCGCACCUGCUCCGGUCCAGAUUCCGAACAUUGCGAUGAUUGUGUCCAUGUGCGUGAUGAAAAUCGUUGUGUCACAGUUUGUCCCGACAACAAAUUCUCCGACUAUGGUGUCUGUCGCACCUGUCAUCCCACCUGCGAGGGUUGCACGGGGCCCAAUAACACCAUAGGACCCGGUGGCUGCAAGACUUGCCAUUUGGCCAUCAUCAGGUCGGAUGGUGAUAUUGAGAGGUGUCUUCUGAAGAAUGACAAAUGCCCCGAUGGCUACUAUUGGGAAUAUGUGAAUCCUCGCGAGCAGGGUAAACUAAAACCCUUGGCCGGCAAAGCCAUUUGUCGCAAAUGCCAUCCACGUUGUGAGCUGUGCAGUGGUUAUGGCUUCCAUGAACAGGUGUGUCAAAAAUGUGCCGGCUAUAAGCGGGGUGAACAAUGUGACGACGAAUGCCCCUCGGAUCACUAUGCCGAUGAAGUGAAUCGUGAGUGCUUCAGUUGCCAUCCAGAGUGCAAGGGCUGCACUGGUCCUGGUUCCGAUGAAUGUUUGGCGUGUCGCAGCUUCAAAUUGUUUGGCGAUGGUGAUCCCUAUGACAAUACCACCAUCUUCAACUGUACCUCCAAGUGUCCCCCAGACUUUUCCCAUGUCAUUUAUCAAUCGCCUCAUUUGGGCACUUAUUGCUCCUCGUCUCCGGUAAAGGGCUCCAAACUGGUGGCUGCUGUCGACAAUUACAUCUUCCUGAUCAUAGCCGUUGUGGCCUUGGUAGUCUUUUUGGGCACCUUGAGUGUGGUGACCUAUGUGUGUCGUCAGAAAACUAAAGCCAAAAAGGAAACAGUCAAAAUGACCAUGGCUUUGUCUGGAUGCGAAGAUUCCGAACCCUUAAGGCCCUCCAACAUAGGAGCGAAUCUCUCGAAAUUACGCAUUGUUAAAGAAGCUGAGUUGAGGAAGGGUGGCAUUUUGGGCAUGGGUGCUUUUGGCAGAGUGUACAAAGGUGUUUGGGUGCCAGAGGGCGAGAAUGUCAAAAUACCGGUGGCCAUUAAGGAGUUAUUGAAAUCUUCGGGAGCCGAAUCCAGCGAGGAAUUUCUAAGAGAGGCCUAUAUAAUGGCUUCGGUGGAGCAUCCAAAUCUAUUGAAAUUACUGGCCGUUUGCCUCACCUCCCAGAUGAUGUUGAUCACCCAGCUGAUGCCCUUGGGUUGUCUGCUCGACUAUGUGCGCAAUAAUCGUGACAAGAUUGGCUCAAAGGCUCUACUCAACUGGUCCACACAAAUAGCCAAGGGCAUGUCCUAUUUGGAGGAGAAACGUUUGGUUCAUCGAGAUUUGGCUGCACGCAAUGUGCUGGUGCAGACUCCCUCGGUUGUCAAGAUUACUGACUUCGGCUUGGCCAAGUUGUUAAACAGCGACUCCAAUGAGUACAAGGCAGCUGGGGGCAAAAUGCCUAUUAAAUGGCUGGCCCUGGAGUGUAUACGCCACCGAGUCUUUACCAGCAAAUCUGAUGUGUGGGCUUUUGGUGUUACCAUAUGGGAACUUUUGACCUUUGGCCAGCGACCCCAUGAGAAUAUACCCGCAAAAGAUAUACCAGAUCUCAUAGAGGUGGGCUUGAAAUUGGAGCAACCGGAAAUCUGUUCUUUGGAUAUCUACUGUACCCUGCUGUCAUGCUGGCACUUGGAUGCCGAGAUGAGACCCUCCUUCAAACAAUUGGUGAAUUUCUUUGCUGAGUUUGCCAGAGAUCCUGGCCGUUACUUGUUUAUUCCUGGGGACAAAUACACUCGCCUGCCUUCCUAUACCAGCCAAGAUGAGAAGGAUUUGAUACGCAAACUGGCGCCCACCUUUGAAGGCCCCGAGGCUGUGGUGGAAGCGGAUGAUUAUCUGCAACCCAAGUCAACUCCCGGUCCUCACAAUCAUGAGGGCUGUGAAGAAGUGCCAAAGCUCAAUCGCUAUUGCAAGGACCCCAUGAACAAGAACUCCUCCAAUGAAAGUGAUGAGACGGACUCCAAUGCCCGCGAAGUGGGUGUGGGUGAUCUGCGUCUAGAACUGCCGGUAGAUGAAGAUGACUAUCUAAUGCCCACGUGCCAGGUCUCAUCGCAGACCACCCUCAACAACAACAAUGUGGCCACCAGCAAUGCCAUGUCUGCAACCCCAGGUGGCUAUAUGGAUCUCAUAGGGGUGCCCACCAGUGUGGACAAUCCCGAAUAUUUGCUCAACACCACAGCCAAUCUAAAUAGCCAAGAGGCGCCCAUACCCACCCAGACGCUAGGCAUACCGGUGGUGGUGACGAGGCCGCCCAAUCCGGGACCCACAAUGCUGGAAAUCCCAGUAACGCCCACAGAACCUACCAGCUCGGAUCAUGAAUACUACAAUGAUACGCAAAGGGAGCUACAGCCCUUGCACAGAAACGAGACGAGGGUGUGAUGAAGCAGCCAUCGCCACCGCUGCCUUGGUGUCAGCCAUAUACCAAUGCCCUUGUACUCAAUUUCAAUUAGCGACAAAUUCUUGCCCUAGGGUUUACAACAACAACAACAACAGCAAUUAAGUGCCUUAAACAAAACAAGAACUUCCUAAACACUGUAAAUAGAACAAAUUGUAGAGAAAAACUCACAAAAAACUAUAACGACACCAUCUAGAAAGGGAGCGAUUUAGUGAACAAACGAACCAAUGAGUAGCAGUAGUAGUUGAAGUAGAAGACGAAUAGUAGAUCGCUCUCUUUCUCUUGUGGUACAUCGACUGCAUGGAAUUAUUUUUGAAUUCAAGCCUUAAACGUGCCUCCAUUAUUUUUAAACAAAAACAAAAGAGAAAUAACUAUUAAAUAUUAGUGUAUAAGCCAAUAUUUAUUUAAACAAAACACGCACAUACACACACUCGCACCAAACGUGAGAAUGAAAUGUCUGUAAAAUGUAAAUCACAAAGUAAAUUUCUCUCUACUCUGUCUAACACUUCUAUUCUAAAGUACUUCUGAAUGAUAAGUAAGCAAUUUUUUCUACUGUUCGGGCAUGUUCCCUGCACCAACGUUAUAACCAAAAAGUUUUUAAGCUGUCAAUUUUUCAGAAUCAAAAUUCAGAACAAAAACAAAAGAGAUGUUUGUGUCCUUUAGAGAAUCUACAGAAUUUCUAGGUUUUCUGUACUUUAAACUAUACAUGAGAGAUGCUCUUCCUUUUUCCCUUUUCUUUUUCUAAUUCUUCUACGUAGCUUCUAAGUUCUAGUUGUUAAAAUCGAACUGUGAUAACCUGUAGCUCGUAAGUUUCAUUUUAAUAUUCAUAAACGCGACAAACAAACAACAAAAACCAACUGCAAAACAAACUAAACCUAACUUUAAGUAGACAUUAAAUUUUAGUUUUAAUUACUAUAAAAUUGUAUAUCUACAACAAAAGAAAUUCUAUUUUUUUUUUAAUCUAAAUUUACGUUUCAUUAAGUUCAACGACCAACAGAUUAAAUUAUUAUCGAUCGAUCUUUGAAACCUGUAGUGUUCUGGCCUUUUGGUUUGUAUACUCAUACUUUAGCUAAAGUCUAGGGGAUCCUUAUAUCUGAUGAGUUCUUUACAUGUAAAUGUUGACCGUUAUUUGUUAAUGGCAAAUCUACAUGUAAAGCCCAUGCAAAUAGUUUUCCACAACUUUCUCGUAAUGAUUUUACAUUGGGGAUAGUUUUUUGCAGACUUUUGUUUUGAAUAAUCAACUUUAAAUCCAAGUUGUUGGAAUUAAAGACUAUGGUCCGUAGUGUAGGAACCUCAGAACACUCUAAAUUAAUGAUAAUAGAAAACGAAAAAAAAAAACACAAAGCAUGAGUGCCAUUAUACCUUUCUCCCUCCCAAAACACAAAAUCUCCCUAUUCCUUUAUUACUCCUCACCUGAUUUCGAAACGAUUUAGGCACCAUUACAAUAACCUGAUUUCUUGAUUUGAAAACGAAUACUUGCAAGUGUUCAGUGUGAGCAUGCGCACAUUAGAAAACGAUAGAUUUUGCUUUAAAACAAUGGCUUAGAACAAACAUCUUCCGGAAAUUGUUACAACAUAUUGCAAUAUAUAUAUAUUUUUUAAUUUUGAUCGAAUACAGCAGAUGAUGUUAUACUAUACAUGCACAAUUAUACAUACAUUACUGCAAGCAAACAUAGAACUUUUUUUAAAUGUUUAUUUAUAAAUAAAUUGUGUGUACACUAUGUAAAGAGAAAUUGCGAUUAAAU